AUUGAGAAGGCUGUUGACCUGUUGCAUCCGGGUGCUAUUGGUGGUGGCCUUGGUGUCACUUUGAGCCUAAUCACCUCCAAAUACCCUUCUAUUGUGGGUAUCAAUUUUGACCUGCCUGAUGUUGUACAACAUGUUCCAUCAUAUCCCGGAGGAGACAUGUUUGCAAGUGUUCCCAAAGAAGAUGCUAUUUUCAUGAACCUUACACAAAAUUUUUUUUGCUAUUUUCAUGAAGUGGAUACUGCAUGAUUGGGGUGGUGAACACUGCUUGAAGUUAUUGAAGAACUGCUACAAUGCAAUUCCUGAUGAUGGAGGCAAUAUUUUCUUUAUAAUUAAGUUUCUCAAUGUGA